AUGCUACGACAACUUCUACUCUGUUGGACAAGUGUUCUUGUUCUUUUCGUAAUUCCAUCAGAAUCUGCACUGAGCUCUGGUUGUGGAAAACCACUUCCAAGUGGUUUUUCUCCAGGUGAGACAAAAUCAAUACAGAUUCCUGCAGCAAAUGGUCAACCCGUUCGUCACUACAAAGUACAUCUCUCAGCUAACUUUCAAAACAAUCGAGGACAUGCUAUUGUCUUCUCUUUCCAUGGCCACAAUGGAGAUAUGGAUAAACAAGAAGAUCUAUCUCAAUUGUCUGAGAAAGGUCUACUUAUCGAUGGUGCGGGAAUCAUUGCCGUCUAUCCUAAAGGAAAGUUAGGAACCGAUGGACAAACUGCUUGGCAAGGUGCACCGUACUCUGCUCCUGGAGUCGAUGAUAUUGCCUUUGUAAAUACAGUGAUCGCUUCAUUACAAAGUACAUUUUGCGUUGAUUCGUCACGAAUCUAUGCAACUGGUAAAAGUAAUGGUGCUGGAUUCGUUAACCUUCUAGCCUGUACACCAUGGAUAGCUGCAAAGUUUGCUGCUUUUGCAACAGUUUCAGCAGCUCUUUACAAGACUACAUUCAAUGGAAAUUGUCCUACUCAACGUGCCGUACCUGUUCUCGAUUUUCACGGUACUUCAGACAGUGUUUCAUUCUAUUAUGGUGGCAAAGUAAACGGUGCAUUUCAAGUCAGUGCAGAUAAUUUUCGACAAGGAUGGGCAUCACGCAAGGGUUGUCAAGAUAAACCGACAAUUUCUCAUUUAUCAAAAGGAAGAGAUCCUCAACAAUUGGUUGAAAUUCAGACGUGGAAUAGCAACUGUAAAGGAAAUAGUAUUGUUAUAGGAUAUAAAAUUACUAGAGGACAACAUGGAUGGCCUCGAACGACAUUACCAGCAAAAUGUAAUGGAAAUUUCGGAACAAAUGAUUGUACAACUACUGUAUUUGAUGCUACAUCAAGUGUUAUCAUUCCUUUUUUUUAA